AUGAAUUUGGUCAAUUUGGUCAGGAUUUUGUCAGAAGAUAUAGAAAGAAAAAAGUGAAAAGUAAGCCGAAUCUCUUUCAAGAUACUUUUAGAUGAAGGUGGAUGAAGAGAGAAAAACUCAAAAUGAGGCCAAGCGCAACCUCAGGCAGCAUCUCAUUAUGGUAAGGAAAUCCUGAAAAAUCCAAUUGAAGAAUUUUUUGUGAUUGUGAAAAUAAAUAUCUUGAAAUAA